GUCGCCACGUAAACAAAUGCGCUACCGUGUGGGAAAAGAAAAUACCUAUUCGUUUCUGAGGGCUUUGGCUUGAGCAAGCUUGAGGUGAGGCACAGAAAAAAAUGAGGAUAACAACAGUUGUAUCAUCAAGACUGUUUCUGUCCAUUGUUAUAGUAGUUUUGCUGUUCUUUAUUGCAGUUCUAUUAACAAGAUCAGAUGAAGCAGUGUGUCCGCCGCCGCCGGCCGCGGCAGCCGAGCAGUCCCCGCCGGAGCCGGCCGCCGAGGUGACGCCGUCCCCCGCCCCCUCGGCACCGGCGCCGUCCGGGGGCCGGCCGCCGGAGCCGGACACCUCCUCCUGGGACAACCACACGCUGGCCGUCGUGGUGCCGUUCAGGGACCGCUUCGAGGAGAUGCUCAUCUUCGUCCCCUACAUGCACCGCUUCCUCAACUUCCAGAAAGUGAAGCACCGCAUCUACAUCGUCAACCAGAUUGACGCGUACCGGUUCAACCGCGCCUCGCUCAUCAACGUGGGCUACCUGCGCGCGCGCGAGCACUGCGACUACAUGGCCAUGCACGACGUGGACCUGCUGCCGCUCAACAGGAACCUCUCGUACCGCUUCCCGGGCGAGCGGCUCUUCCACGUGGCCUCGCCCGAGUACCACCCGCGCUACCACUACCCAAAGUUCGUCGGCGGAAUCCUCAUUGUCACCAUGGAGCACUUUCAGAAGGUGAACGGCAUGAGUAACAACUACUGGGGCUGGGGACUGGAGGAUGACGAGUUCUACACCCGGAUCCGCGGGGCCAAGCUGGAGAUUGAGCGGCCGACCAACCUCACCACGGGUGUCAAGGACACGUUCAGACACAUCCACGACCGGCGCGUGCGGAAGCGCGACAUGGAGAAGUGCUUCAACCAGGCGGCCGUCACACACAAGCGGGACCGCAUCACAGGGGUGCACAGCGUCGACUACAAGAUCCUCAAGGCCAACAAGCUGACCAUCGACGGCGCCGAGGUGGAGGUGCUGAACGUGCGUCUCGAGUGUGACCACGAGCGCACGCCGUGGUGCGACUGCUCCGGCCAGGCAGCCGAGCAGGAGGCCGCCGCCAGGAGGGCCGAGGACUCGGGGAAGGCAGUCGAUGCCGCCAAACCGGCCGGCAAGUCCGGUGACUCCGUGAAGCCGGCGCCGUCGGCGAAGGCUCACCCGAAGACGUCGGCGGGCCGCGCGGCAGCGGCUCAGUCCGCCGCGCAAACGUGACGUCCUGGACCAGCCUUCUGAAGCUCUAGUGGUGAAACGUACCGUGGCUCGGGGAACCAGCGCGCACGGGUUGUGUAACUGAAGAUAUCGGUCUUACUCUGUUACGCUGCCCUGUGGCGUACGACAGUGUAGUGGUGGUGGUGGUUGGGCAUUACUCCGCUGACCGAACCGGCGGCGGUGGUCGGUGAUUGGUCAGAAAUCAGGAAUAUCUGUGAUGCGACAUUUGAAGUGUCUCUGCGUCCUGCAGUGUUGUAUGGGCUGACAAGUGAUGUGGUAUACGGAAAAUGCUUCCGAUCCUCUCAGUCUCCUAUAUAAUGGUUUAUUGUGUUUGUGUUAAAUGUUGGAUGUGGGACUCAUCUGAUUUUAUCGCUCUCUCCUCCAUCUUUCUACAGAUCUGUAUCACUGAACUGUGGUUAGGGUGCCAGUCUCCUAGUGUCCGCGACUCAGUAUAGUAAUGUGUAUUUCGACGGAUUAAAGCUGGUAUGCAAGCAGUGUAGAAUGUUCUCCCAAUAUUGCCCUUUGUAAGAUAUCUUCCUGUGUUCCGUCCAUGGCUUCUAGGUUUUAGUUAGAGUCGCAAAUGUUUGUGAAUUACGAGAUAGAGAUUAUUUAUUCAUAGCUAGUUCUUUGCUUCACGUCAGUGUCAUUACUCCCCAUUUAGUGCGUAGUUUCAUUAUUGAACUCGAUAUCUAGCUGUCAUAUCUGUUGUUUAUUGUAGGAGCUAUUCCGCCCUGCUCCUGUUUAUCACGUUCUUGGGUCCUGAAGUGCGAGACGCCUACUGGCUCCUGUGACGCCUAAAGGACACUUGUCCGUUCGAUUGUUGACAUGUGUUUCCGUAGCCGUUUUGCGCUAUGAUAUUACAGCGUGUCUUCAAGGGCCUGCGGCGUGUGAAGAACUUUGUUACUGCUCAGUGGAUCGGAAGUUGGGUGAUGUCAGUUCUAGCUGCGGCGUGGACCGGCCGGCGCCGCCCCCGCGUCGUUUCAGUGAUAUUGGACCCUGCCUGUCGCGAGAUUCGUGCGGCGUGCCUUGUUAUUUGUUCGCGCUUGGUGACGGUGAAGAGUCCUAUGAGACCGGCACGUGCUUCAAACGUGUGUAGAGUGGCAGUGCUGGACGCAGGCAUUACAGCGAAUCGGCCCAGCGGCUCUGGCAGUGCCGUGCGUUGUUCGAAGGAUGAUUUGUGCGUACUGAGGUCUGGACAAUUAUUGAUGGUUGAGCCGGUUUGACCAGGCUCACGUUUAUAAUACAACGAAGGCCUUUUGAUAUA